GUCAGAUGUAGAUGUAGUGGAGAAAAAAUGGGGUCAAUCUUAGUUGAUCGCCGAGGGAGACAUAUGUAUAUAGUUGUCCAGGUCCCCCUUUAGAUCUCACCAACUGUCUUACUACAAGCUGCAGAGACAAUGCCAACAUACGCACUUCUAGGCGCCACCGGAGCCACCGGGUCUAGUGUCUUGCGACAUCUCCUACGGAAUCAAUCCGAUAGUCUCAGCAUCAACAUCCUCGUUCGGUCGAAAACAAGACUCCUACAAACAUUCCCCGAUCUCAGAACCACCAGAAAUCCCGCAAUCUGCAUUUUUCAAGGAAGUAGUACCGACCCAGAAAUUUUAGGGCAGUGUCUACGAGAUGCCAGUGUCGUCUUCAUAUGUGUGGGCCAGAAUGGGAGCCCGAUGGGCACGACGCUCUCCCAAGACACGGCAAGCGCCAUCAUCGAUGCUCUUCGACGCCGUCGGCAGGCAGAAGAAGGGAGUCAGCAUCGGCCAUGCACGAUUAUUCAGCUUCGGUCAGCGUCAUUAAACCCUGCCCUCGCGGCGCAAGUGCCACGGUUCGUGCAUCGCAUAGUCAGGUUCUGUCUAUUCGCUAGCUAUGCAGAUCUCGAGCGUGCCUGUGCGUACUACAGCGAGGCGCAGAGGCAAACCCUGCUGGAGUAUAUUCUCGUCGAUCCCCCGACACUUCACGACACUACCGGCACUCAUCCAACCGGCUACCGCUUGAUAUCGACGGAGCCACAGGCGCCGGCUCUCAGUUACGCCGACCUAGGGGUGGCUCUGUGCGAAAUUGCUCAACGUCGGGGUGAGCUGCACGGUCAGGCAGUGGGAGUUACCGCGACCGGGCGUGUUAAUCAGACUUGGGGUGUGUUGGCAAAGUAUUUACUCGAUGGAGGAAUGCACCACGCCAAUCAUAAGUUUGGGAAGGAGAAUAUUCUGGUGGUGGUAACCUGUUUUGCUUUAUUGAUAGCCUGUUUGGUAUCGUAUAUGUGAAUGUAUCGUUGUACCUAACCCGAUCGUGCGGCUACUCUACCUAAGCUGUA